AUGCCGACCGAUCCGCAAACCCCGCUUACAGCGGGAUCAAUUCUCAACCUUGAUGUCCUCUUCAACAACCCCGUCUUCGCCGGUGGCAUGGGCCUCGCCGGCCUUGGCGCCGCCGCCGCCUUUGGUCGCCGGGCUGCCAUUCGUGGCGCCGGACUCCUGAAGCGUCAGAUGCUGGUCAACGUCGAGAUCAGCAAGCGUGAUCCUUCCUACAACUGGGUCCUUGCCUGGCUGGCGCUGCCGCGAGACAACACCGGCUUCAUCGCUCAGCGACUCACGCGGCUCCGUAACCUUUCCGUGUCUACCACCACUAAGUCUAUCAACCCCGGCAAGGACGAAGGGAGCUCGCAUGCCGAUUUCCGUGUGCAACCCGGCUUUGGACGCCACAUCAUCCGCCACAAACCCGGCGUGUACAUCGCCGUGAACCGGGAGAAGGCGAGCACGACCCAGACGGCAACGGGCGAGCCGCACGAGACGCUGACCCUCACCCUCUUGUGGCCGCACCGCCAUGUGUUGGGCGAGAUCUUCACCGAGGCGCACGAUAUGGCGCACCGCUUCCACGAAGGCAAGACGGUCGUCUACACGGCGAAGCGCAUGGAGUGGAUGCCGUUGGGCAAGCCCAGGCUUAAGCGGCCACUCGGUAGCGUCAUUCUUGACAAGGGCGUCAAGGAGAGCAUCGUAGACGAUGUCAAGGAGUUUUUGGCGUCCCAGCAGUGGUACACCGACAGAGGCGUGCCAUUCCGCCGUGGCUACCUCCUUUAUGGCCCGCCCGGUACGGGUAAGACGUCCUUCAUCCAGGCGCUUGCGGGCGAAUUGGAUUUUAGCGUUGCCAUGAUCAACCUCAGUGAGGUCGGCAUCACGGACGAUUUGCUGGCUCACCUGUUGACCCAGCAGCCAGAAAAGAGCAUUCUGGUGCUGGAGGACGUCGACGCCGCGCUCGUCAACCGGCGACCGAGGGACUCUGACGGCUACAGCGGCGCCACAGUGACGUUUUCUGGUCUUUUGAACGCCCUGGACGGUUUGGCUGCCGGCGAAGACCGGAUAGUUUUCAUGACCACCAACCACAUCGAUCGCUUGGACCCGGCCCUGAUCCGUCCGGGCCGUGUCGACAUGAUGAUGCGCAUUGGCGAGGCAACCAGACACCAGGCUGCCGAGAUGUGGGAUCGUUACUAUGGUGACAUUGAUACGGACCAUUCCGGUCGUGAGAGGUUCCUUAACAGGCUGGACGAGCUCGGACUCUUUGGCGAGAAUAACCAGGACCCUGAUGCGCCCAAGAGACAUACUUCAACGGCGGCUAUCCAAGGCUUGUUCCAGUUCAACAAAAAUGAUAUGGAAGGCGCCAUCAACAUGGCCGAGGGCUUGAUCCCCAGGACCUUUGUGGCCGAGAACCCUCCAAAUGAUGGCAGCAUGAAGUCUCCGGCAUAG